CUUCACCUAACGCAGAUUCUUCUUCUUCUCUACCAUAGCCGUCGUUAAAAUCAAGGGGAAGAUGGUGUCGCCGAAGAUCGCUCCGUCGAUGUUGUCAUCGGAUUUUGCUAAUCUUGCGGCGGAGGCUAAGCGGAUGGUCGAUUUGGGCGCCAAUUGGCUUCACAUGGACAUUAUGGACGGGCAUUUUGUUCCGAAUUUAACGAUUGGUGCUCCUGUCAUCGAGAGUUUGAGAAAGCACACCAAUGCUUAUCUUGAUUGCCACUUGAUGGUGACGAAUCCCAUGGAUUACGUUGAACAGAUGGGUAAAGCUGGGGCUUCUGGUUUUACAUUCCACAUUGAGGUCGCCCAAGAGAAUUGGCAAGAACUUGUGAGGAAGAUUAAGUCUGCUGGGAUGAGACCAGGUGUUGCUCUAAACCCGGGAACACCUGUUGAACAAGUCUAUCCUCUGGUUGAAGGAGCAACUCCGGUUGAAAUGGUUCUUGUGAUGACUGUGGAGCCUGGAUUUGGAGGCCAGAUGUUCAUGCCCAACAUGAUGGACAAGGUCCAGACAUUGAGGCAGAAGUACCCAACACUUGAUAUUGAAGUAGAUGGCGGCUUAGGCCCUUCGACAAUUGACGCAGCGGCUGCAGCAGGGGCCAACUGUAUCGUUGCAGGAAGUUCAGUGUUCGGAGCUCCACAGCCUGGGGACGUCAUAACCCUUCUGCGGGAAAGUGUUGAGAAAGCCUCCUCACCGACCACUUAAAAUGGAGUGCCCUGUUUCUAAAAUAUGUUUAUUUCGUGAAUCUUGAUGAUGUAGUCUUGGUUCCAAGACUUGUUUGUAGCAAAUCAUUUGAGUUAUUAAUAAUACCCUCACUGCCUUUAUACACAAAUCUUUUUCUAGUUUA